UCAUAAACAAAUCACUACAAGUUGAUUAAUUCUGGCCAUUACUAUACAAGAACCUAUAUAUAUAGACAGUAAGACAGAUAAUAGUUAAGUGUGGGUGUGUGGUGUGGUGUGAUAUGUGGGUGGAACUCGGUCACGGACGGGAUGACUAGCAGUGGGUCCAGGCAGUACUACUGAGGAAAAUCCUUUCCGUGACCGACCGCCUCUCGUGCUCGGCUAACAAAUGACGACAAAAUAUAUACCGCUGUCUUCAAACCCAUGACACUCUGUUGUAUUAAUCCUUAAUCGAUUCCCCCAAUCCUGGCAGAAAGCAAGACUCCAUUAUGGUCCACAUUAUCAUUACCCCAAAUUGGCCAUUAAUUAUCACUAUUAUGUCACAAGCUAAUUACAUUCCAAAGAUCUAAGUCUAAUGUGAUCAAUACUAACAAACAGCCGAAAAGGGUAUUACCGUCAUUCUACUCUAAAACACUAAUAACUUUCUCGAUUUAUAUUUUGUAUAAAGGACUUCUUAUCUACCUCCAAUCCUCAUGCACAUUAUUAUCGUAUAGAUAACACACUCAAAAUUAACGUUAUCUCGUCACCAUGAACAGCAUGACAAUAUCCACUUUCUUCUUCUUCUUCUACUUCUUAUCUUCUCAUUUCAUCUCCUCCUACAGUGCUUCUGAUCCAUGUGCCUGUCAGUCAAACAGCUUAUUAGAUCUCUCUGUCAUACCCAUCUACAGCAAAUGCUCUCCUUUCACCACCGCAAAGGCUGACUCCUUAGUCAACACAGUCAUCAACAUGGCCUCAAAAGACCCGCAACGCCUUCAGUAUUUGUCCACCCUUGCGGCCCAAAAGACCACCUCAGCCCCAAUCGCUUCGGGCCAGCAGGCACUCCACAUUGGUAACUACAUAGUACGGGCAAAGAUAGGCACCCCGGGGCAGCUCCUCUUCAUGGUUCUCGAUACCAGUAACGACGCAGCUUGGGCCCCAUGUUCGGGCUGCACUGGCUGCUCAUCAACAACUUUCUCUCCAAACUCAUCUUCCACUUUUAGCCUAUUAGAUUGCUCUGUUGCUCAAUGUACUCAGGUCCGUGGACUUUCUUGUCCGGUUACUGGUACAUCCCCUUCCCCUUGUGUUUUUAACCAAUCCUACGGUGGAGAUUCCUCCUUCUCGGCCUCAUUGUCCCAUGAUUCUUUGCGGUUAGCCAAAGAUGUUAUUCCCAAUUUCGCUUUCGGAUGCGUCAACUCCGUCUCUGGUGGGUCCGUUCCGCCACAAGGCUUGUUGGGCCUAGGUCGUGGGCCAAUGUCAUUGCUCUCUCAGUCCGGUUCACUCUACUCCGGAGUAUUCUCCUACUGCUUGCCCAGCUUCAAAUCCUAUUACUUCUCUGGGUCGCUCAAACUCGGCCCAAUGGGCCAGCCCAAGAACAUCCGGACCACCCCAUUACUCAAAAACCCUCAUCGACCAUCCCUUUACUAUGUCAACCUUACAGGAGUUAGCGUGGGACGGGUCCUGGUCAACAUAGCCCCAGAAUACCUAGCAUUUAACCCGCAAACCGGAUCCGGAACCGUAAUAGACUCGGGUACGGUUAUAACCCGGUUCGUGGAACCAGUUUACGCGGCGAUAAGGGAGGAGUUUAGGAAACAAGUGAAGGGACCGUUCUCAACGCUAGGAGCGUUCGACACGUGUUUUGAAGUGAAUAGAGAAGAGCUGGCACCGUUCAUAACGCUUCACUUUACUGGGAUGGACCUGAAGCUGCCACUGGAGAACAGCUUGAUACACAGCAGCGCCGGGACGGUGGCAUGCCUGGCGAUGGCGGCGGGACCGACGAACGUGAACUCUGUGCUGAACGUGAUCGCUAAUUUGCAGCAGCAGAAUCUGAGGAUAUUGUUUGAUGUGGCCAAUUCUCGUUUGGGCAUUGCCCGUGAGCUUUGUAAUUAAGUAACUUACAAGUAGGUAAUGAGAAUGAAUGAUCCGUACGUACGUAGUCCUUUUUCUUUACUAAAUUAAUAAAUUCUGUCGUAAGAUGGAUAUAUGAUAUUGGAUUAUGUAUGUAUAAUGUAUUAAUUUGAUUUUAAUUACGUACCCAACAAA